CUCACUGUCACUUCUCCCUCUCAGAGACAUGUUGUGAUCACGCAGGUACAAAGUACAAGCCGCCGAGUGCCGUCUACGUCAUCCAACGGGGAUGGACCCUGCGUUUGGCUCUCGGGAAGGGCAACCGUCCCACGUGCCCCUUCCGUAUGCACGUCAGAUAUGACUUACAAGAGCCUCCAAAUGCCCGAUCAUCUUCGAUCUGAAGUGUUAUUUCAGGAGCAAGAGAUAACCCUCGUCGGACAACAUAGCACAAGAGCUACAAACAUCGUGAACGAAAGACAGCAGCCGUGUCACUUCCUCCACCUUCCUGUCCCACGUAGAACAGUCGGUCAAUCCCGUCUAGCUAGGCUAUCUUGCUUAUCUAGUGCUCGCUGUUCAACUCUCACCCAGCUCUACUCUCAACGCUCCCUUAGAAUACGCUCCCUGGCCUGUGCAGUUAUCGCUGACCAAGUGGCGGUGUAUGGCGCUGCACAUGUCGUAGCUGACAUGACUGUUACAACACACGUGCUCUCUGUGACAAGCAUGGCGACCACGAUCAACUGGCCUUUGUGCCUUGUUUAUGUAACUGGUAGCCUGUCAGCUGCGGCCGUGGUAUUACUUUAGACGGAAAAGUGGCGACAUUGCUGAACCUACUGAAGUGACAGCGGUAGAGGGAGAAAUGGCAGGGGGCUGGGUAU